AUGCUGUCUCAUAGAAAUAUUGUGGCCAACGUUCUGCAGCAGUAUAUCGGCGAGGGCGGGAACCUGAGCUGGGACGGGGGUCCUGACGGCAAGGGUGACCGGAUUUUGGCAUUCUUGCCUUUUUACCAUAUCUACGGCCUGACCUGCUUGAUCACGCAGGCACUCUACAAGGGUUAUCAUCUUGUUGUCAUGUCCAAGUUCGAGAUUGAGAAGUGGUGUGCGCAUGUGCAGAACUACCGCAUUACAUUUAGCUACAUUGUGCCCCCGGUCGUGCUCCUACUGGGAAAGCACCCCGCAGUUGACAAGUAUGAUCUGUCCAGCCUGCGCAUGAUGAACUCCGGCGCAGCACCUCUCACACAAGAGCUGGUGGAGAACGUCUACUCCCGUAUCAAGGUUGGAAUCAAGCAAGGAUACGGUCUCAGUGAGACUAGCCCUACCACGCACUCUCAGCGGUGGGAGGAUUGGCGCGACUAUAUCGGCUCCGUUGGUCGUUUGAUGCCAAAUAUGGAGGCUCGCUACAUGACCAUGCCCGAAGACGGCUCCGAGUCCAAAGAAGUGAAAGUUGGCGAGGUUGGCGAGCUUUACUUGCGCGGCCCGAACGUCUUCUUGGGCUACCACAAGAACCCGGAAGCUACAAGGGAGUGUCUAUCGGAAGAUGGCUGGUUCCGUACCGGCGACGUGGGUUACCAAGAUGCUAAGGGCAAUUUCUUCAUCACGGAUCGUGUCAAGGAACUCAUCAAAUACAAGGGAUUUCAAGUUCCACCCGCUGAACUUGAAGGUAUUCUGGUGGACAAUGAGGCCAUCGAUGAUGUGGCUGUAAUUGGUGUCGAGAGUGAGGCUCACGGGUCUGAGGUGCCCAUGGCGUGUGUCGUUCGCAGCGCCAAGAGCAAGUCUUCUGAUUGCAACGAGGAACAAGAAGCUGCCAAGAUCGUGCAGUGGUUGGAUAGCAAGGUCGCCCCCCACAAGCGUCUACGCGGUGGUGUGCGCUUCGUCGAUGAGAUCCCGAAGAAUCCUAGCGGAAAGAUCCUGCGACGCAUGCUGAAGCAGAAGUUCAAGAACGAGCUCCAAGGCCCGAAGGCGAAGCUGUAA